AUGCUAGUCAUGAUCUGCAUUUACUACCGCAUUAUUCGGAUCAGCCGCCGACACGAGCGGCGAAAUAAUCAAAACAAUGAGGGGCACAACGUCCGAGACAACAAAGCUCUGAAGGCAUUUCUGAUGGUCACCUUGACGUUUGCCGCUUGCUACACACCGUUUGCAGUGCUACGUAGUGUGGAAGGUUUGGCCGGCUGGAGUAGUCCACACUGGCUGGAGUUCCUGACCAUAUGGCUGAUUGUUGCGAACAGCGCUUGCAACGUGUUCAUCUACUGCCUCUACAACCAUGCCUAUCGUCAGAUGGCAAAGAAAAUCCUUCAGGAGAGACUCUCAUGUUGCAAAAGUUCUGUCAUUGGACCGGUGAACAUCUAA